AUGCUGUAUUUAAUCGGGUUGGGCCUUUCGUACAAGAGUGAUAUCACGGUCCGCGGGCUCGAGGCCGUGCGGAACUGCCAGCGUGUGUACCUGGAACACUACACCUCCAUACUGAUGGCUGCGUCGUUGGAGGAAUUGGAGGAGUAUUAUGGGAAACCGAUCAUUUUGGCCGAUAGAGAGCUGGUGGAAACCGGGUCUGACGAUAUCUUGAGGGAUGCGAAGAAGGAGGACGUCGCUUUUCUGGUGGUUGGCGACCCGUUCGGGGCCACCACGCACACUGAUCUGGUCUUGAGAGCGAAGAAAAGCGGCAUCCCAGUAGAAGUGGUCCACAAUGCGUCUGUAAUGAACGCCGUGGGAUCGUGUGGGUUGCAGUUGUAUACUUUUGGGCAGACGAUCUCGAUGGUGUUCUUCACUGAAAAUUGGAGGCCGGACUCCUGGUACGACAAGAUUAUGGAGAACCGCAAGAUCGGUCUCCACACACUGGUCCUGCUUGACAUCAAGGUCAAGGAACAAAGCAUAGAGAACAUGGCCCGCGGUAGGUUGAUAUACGAACCACCGCGGUACAUGUCCAUAUCCCAAUGCUGCGAACAGCUGCUGGAGAUCGAGGAAACUAGAGGCACCAAGGCGUACACGCCAGCGACACCAGCUGUCGCCAUCAGCAGACUGGGUUCCGCGGCCCAGUCCUUCAAAGCGGGGACCAUUGAGGAAUUGUCGCAGUACGACUCCGGGGAACCGCUACACUCCCUCGUCAUUUUGGGCAGACAGUGCCACGACUUGGAGGUCGAGUAUCUGUUGGAAUUUGCAGACAAUAAGGAGAAAUUCAGACAGGAUGUCAUUGCAGACCAGGAAUUUUUCAAGCCGGCUCCAUGGACCCCGCCAGUGGAGACUGACGACUAA